CGAAAAAAACAAAAUAGUCAGGGCUCCUCACGCGCUUAGCCCUUCCCGUGAAAAAAAAAAAGGCUUGGGCUAUCAAAAGCUUAAUAGGAUGACAUCAAAAGCGAUCAGACACCCAAUUCCACGCCCCUUCAGUCGAAACAUUUCAACUUGAUUCAGAAGACUUCUUGAAGUUCGAAAAGCAUCUCUCUCCCACCAAUAAGGCAUACCAGUAACGGAAAAGGUUGUUUGCUAUUAACCAUGUCUAACAAGCACUUCGUCAACGAUCCUGUCCAUCUCUUGAAUACAGCCCUUCAUUCGGCCCCACUAACGAAUCCAUCCCUGGCCCUCGAUGAGGAGAACAAAAUCGUCUAUUGCAAGCCUCGUCCGGAAUCCCACCCGGGUCAAGUAGCAGUCAUCUCGGGUGGAGGAGCGGGCCACGAGCCCAGCUUCGUGUCUUUCGUCGGAGAUGGCGUCCUCCGAGCCGCCGUUUCUGGCUCAAUUUUUGCCUCACCGUCAGUGAAACAGAUCUAUAGCUGCAUCACCCGCAGGGUAGACCCAAACUCUGGCGUCCUCCUUAUCGUGAUGAAUUACACCGGGGACAUCCUGCACUUUGGUCUCGCUAGUGAGAAAGCGAAGGCCGCUGGUAUAAAUGUAGACAUGGUGGUGGUUGCCGACGACGUUGGCGUCGGCCGGGAGAAGAACGGGAAAGUUGGCAGACGCGGAAUUGCGGGAACUGUUCUUGUUCAUAAGAUCGUUGGAGCACUGGCUUCCUCUGCCGCGGGAGCUGCUUCCUUGAAGGAAGCUUCGGCUUUGGCUUCACUUGUUGCAGCUAAUAUUGUGUCUGUCGGUUCGUCACUCGCUCAUGUGCAUGUGCCUGGUCGAGUGGUAGCGUCCGACGGGGAUGAGGAGGGGUCACUCAAGCCAGAUGAGAUAGAGAUUGGUAUGGGGAUUCAUAAUGAGCAAGGAUAUAAGAGAGUGAAGAUUCCCGAGCUUCCCGAGCUAGUGAGCAUACUCUUAGGCCAGCUCUUGAGCAAAGAGGAUAAGGAUAGGAAUUAUCUUGAAGAUGUGGAGAAGAUUGAAGGUUGGAUGGGAGCAAUAACUACGGAAGUCGCAAAGCAGCUCGACUCAACUUACUCUAUCAAGCCAAAGAGAAUCUUUUCCGGCACUUUCAUGACCUCCCUUAAUGGAAAUGGUUUCAGUAUCAGCUUGCUCAGACUUGUCAACACAGGCCUUGGUAAGGCCAAGUCCAUGCUAGGCCUCCUCGACGCGCCCCACCAGUCUCUCGGAUGGUCCGCCCCAGUCAAGCAAGAAACCUGGGCCAGUAAGGACAAGCAAACUCAAAGCUCGGAGAGCGAUGCAAAGGAAGAAUCAAUUCCACCCUCGGGACUGAAACUGAACGUCAACCAAUUCUGCUACACCCUCUCUAACGCCCUUAAAACACUUAUAAAAGCGGAACCGGAGAUCUCCCGCUACGAUGAACUAGUCGGUGACGGCGACUGCGGUUCCGCCUUGAAAAAAGGCGCCGAAGCCAUCCUUCAGCUAAUCAGCGCCAACAAGAUCAGUCCAGACGCUGUAAUUACUGUCAGCGCGUUGGCAGAAGUAGUGGAGGCAAACAUGGACGGAACUUCCGGCGCCAUUUACUCCAUCUUCCUAAACUCCCUCGCUAAAGCCCUCCGUGAGGCUGGAGAGGGCGAGGUGAACUUGGGGGUAUGGGCCAAAGCGUCUAUGACGGCGUUAGUCUCGCUGAGGAAGUACACCCCUGCGCAGCCCGGGGACAGGACGUUGGUGGAUGCGCUGCAGCCAUGCAUUAUUUCAUUGGCUGAGGACGGGGACGUUGGUAAGGCGGCGGAAGCUGCGAGGGAGGGCGCAGAGAGCACGAGAGGGAUGAAGGCGUCGCUUGGAAGGAGCGUCUAUGUGGGUGAAGUGGGGGAUACCCCAGAUCCGGGGGCUGUUGGGAUCGCGGUCCUUAUGGAGGGAUUGGCCGAGGCCGUUUGA